CAGGUUGGAGUAACACAAGUUAGAGACACCUUGAGAUACCUGCUUCAUUAUAAACAGUCGAAAAGUUAAUUUAAAAAAUGUGUGUUUGUGAGUGUGUUAGUGGGAGAUACCUAAAGAUAUUGAAACCACAGUUUUAACUGCGAAUCGAACUUCGUUGUGGGUGCAAAAGUAGGUAUUGUUUUAGGCCCGUAUUAUGAAGAGACGAAUACCUUCGUUCCUAUUCGAAAUUAUAGACUGAUUUGUCGAAUUGCAAAAACUUAUUACGGACGUGAAUCAAUUCUUUAGUGUAGGAUCGUUCUUAUUAGAGUGUCUUCUUAGUAUUACGGGUCUUACAGACAAUAGGACUUGAAACGGAACGAAAGUUAGUCAAUUUUAUAGAAAUGUACAGCCAAACUUAUGACGACGAAGCGCCCAUUCCUCUAAUCGCGAACUAUACAAUCGUGAAAGAGGGGGAGGAAGAAGAAAAGAGGGAGACAGAUGAUAGAGUGAUUCUAGAAAUAGGACGGCAAGAUGACAAACCGAAGGAGGAGCUGACGUUUUCCCAUAAGAAGUACGACAAGACAACUUCGCAUCACAGGUCGUACGUGCUAGAAGAUUAUGAGCCCAGGAGAGUCACGUACUUUAGGCCGCAUGAGUUGGAUCAUGCUCCUCAUGAAGGUCCCAGAUAUUACGAGCAAGAAUUUAGAGAGACAGUAGUCCAAGAGACCGCUAACUCGGAGUCCUCUCUGGACUUCUCCCACGAGUCGCAGGAGACCACCAAGUACGGCAACGAAGACCACAACCAGGACGCCAUAAUGAAUUGGAAGGAGCGAGCUUUACAGCUGGAAAGAGAAUACAAGAAGACUGCGUGUGAUCGCGAGCGAACGCGCAUGCGCGACAUGAACCGAGCAUUCGACCUGUUGCGGUCCAAGCUGCCGGUGACCAAGCCCUCCAAGAAGAAAUACUCCAAGAUAGAGUGCUUGAGGAUAGCGAUCCUGUACAUCAGACAGCUGGAGUGCAUGCUGGCUGGAGGCUCGCCUGAAGACCCGACCUUCUUCGACGUCCAAGUCACCGACCUGAGGCGGAGACAGCAAAGAUUCUGACCGAUUUCUCCCUGAUUAUAAACCCAGAUAAAUUUAUUAAUGUCCUAGCCCCAGUUUUUAUGUACAAUUAAAAUUUGAAAGUAAUAUCUUCGAAUAUAAAUUAAGUUUCUGGAUUCUGGGACUGGUAGACGAUUUCAUCGUUUUGAAGACUAAUGUUAUUGGUACAUUUUAACGAUCCAAAGUUAUUUUAAUAAUUACCCUACAUUAUUAUUUCGAUACGUGCUCUUUUCACAUAUUUUUACCUAGGUACAAAAUAAGGCUUAUAGUAAUUUAAUGU